CACAUACUUCUACUAAAUACGACGUUUAUAAAACACCUCCAACAUUGUUUACGUUAGUGUCAUCUUGCAUAUCAAUUUUGUUUAAAUUGUUGCAAGUAAACAACUUUAAACUGCAUGUAUCGAAAUACUUGAUUGCAUGCUUGAAAAACAUUCAAUUGAAAUUUCAUUUUAGUAAGACGACAACCUCUAUCACGUGGUAAUUUUAACAAAAGCCCUACCUCCCUAAAUGGGUUAACCGAGCGAAUAAACUUUUCAUUACAAACUUUUAUAGCUGUGGAUAAUACAAGGAACAGGUGUUUAAACGAACUGGAGAGGACCAAGGCAGUUGAAAUACUUUACAGUCAAAGAAUUUUUGUGAAAAUGGAAAAGUUCGCUAUCGCACUGCUACUUUGCACGAUGUCCAUAGCAACUGCAGCAAUGGAAGGGGUCAAUUACAGAGAGGAUUGGUGGGCAUAUCAGUGGUACACCGGAGAACCAUUCCUUUUCAAAUGUCAGAAUUCCGGCCUAAAUAUAACAGCGAACAAUUAUGUUAAAUGGGAUACACCGACUGCAAAGGCUUUAUCAAGCACAUAUAACGAGGCAGAUUAUGAAGUAAAGACAACUGACAACAUCAGAGGUGUAGAAAUACUGGUGAAGAAAGUAGACGCAGAAUUUCACGGUGUAUAUACUUGUAUUGUUUACGAUAACAAGGGAGAUGAGGAUAGCAGAGUCAUAUAUGGACUGAACAUCCAUGAUGUGAAAUAUCGAGAUAUGAUGGACAAAUAUAGACACAGCAUCAUCGUUGCUGUAGUAGCAACGGCAGUUUUCAUCGUUCCCUUCGCCACCACGUGCUUUGUCUGGCAUUUCUGGUACGAAGAGGUAUCAAAGCGGAAGUUAGGGAAAAGCGGGAAAACGUCGUAUGUAGUGGACAGCGAAAUGAAAGAACCACCCACAGAUGGAAUUGCGGCGACAGUUAUGUCUUCGGAAGGAGAAGGGGCGUAUGACAAUCCAAAUCUGUCUACGCAGCUUUAAAUUUCCUUUUUGACUUGAGAAUGCCUCUAUAUGGAACUAGAGACGUUUUUGUUUUUGUCUUGUCCGUCAGUCUGUCCGCCUGUCUGUCUAGCAAUUAACCUUUUUGUUUCAGCGUCUCCUUCUAUACAACUGGUCGCUUUAAAUGUGAUUCUACAGCAACUACUGGAAUAAUAGGUAGUUGCGCAAACCACCAUAGUGAUGCAGUUUUAGGUUUUUAUUGAGUUAUUUCCCUUUGGUAGUUUCUGAUAGCGUUUCUUCUAAUUUAUUAAAAGUCACAACAAUGGUAUAGUUGCGCGUAAUGUCACCAUGUUUUGGUUCCAUGUUUUCCUAUUAAGCAAAUGCCCUUAGAUUUUGAUAAGACUUCACAGCAUUGACCUUGAUCUUAUCGUUGUAAUAAUUCAGUACCAUGGUUUUCAUGGCCUAAUUGCCCUUUAAGGAUCUUUUAAUGAUGAAAUCAAGUCCUCUUUAAGCGCUGGUUGGGUUAGUAACUACUGUAUCGUCGCCAUUCUUGUCGGAAACGAACUAUAACCGUGUGCCGACGUAAGAUAUAGUUUCUUGUGUCUUACAUAGUUAUCUUUUGGUUUAAUGAUUUUCAAGAAAAGUAUCAGCUGAACGUUUUCGUUGAAUUAUUGUCUUUGAAGAUUUUUAUGACAGCAAAGCAGUGCUUCUGCUUGUUGCAUUGCAAUGAAAUUUCACAUCAAUGACUAGUGUACAGUCAAGAUGUGCAUGUUGCCGACGUGUCUUUACUUAUACACUGUUUUAAAUGAAAUAUCAUAGGAACUGUUUUUACUGAUAUAUCGUCGCUAAGCUUGUCGGAGUAAGGCAUAAGGGAGACAACUUUAGGGUCGUAUGUCCGACAAGUACAAAUGUGCAUGUAAUAUUAAAAUACUGAUAUCUCAUCGAACUACAUUGUACCUACAAAUAUUUCAAAGACUUACUUACCUUUAGCACAUACAUUAUGAUAUUAUGUAAUGCAAAACUGAAAAUGUAGCGUAAAUUCAAAAAUUAUUUUAAUGGAUGACCAUUCACUUAACAGAAUAUUAACAAAUAUAAUUAACUACAAAUCAGUCAGUUUUCAGGAAUAGAAAAAAAAAACAUAACUGCAGGAUUGUUUUAUCUUUAAUAUCAGAAUUUAAAAGUAUAUAUUUAUGUUCAGUCCAUUGAAUAAGACUGUGACUGUCUCUGAAGAAAUAUAGUUCUUCACUUAAAUUUAUGUGGCCGUCAAAUCAGCGACGGAGAAGUAAGAUACGAAAGCCAGAAAGGCGGAGAAAUAUAAGGCUUUCUUGCAUACCAGACGGGGAUUUCUAGUAUCUUUACCGCUGCUGGAAAAAUCCAUCUUACACCCCGGGGUGUAAGAUGACUCUCGUGCUGUAAAUGACGUAUAACGAACUACAUAUAUGUAGAAGAUUUAUGUAGUAAUUUAUAUUUUAUUUAAAAAACGGAAUAAAAAUUCAAUACCUUGACAGUUCCUAUUGGUUCCUGAUAGUAUAUUUUUCGAUUCAAAUCACGUUAUUUUAUUAAAAAUUCAUAACGUUACGCUGUAACUGAUAAAACAAAACCGGAACUAAACAUUGUUGUUUGUUUUGAAGCGUCAUGACGUCUUUCCUGUUUACGGACGUUGGUUUCCCGCGCUUUGUUUAAAUGAUAGUUCUAAAAAGAAAGCCGUUCGAUUGAUUUAAUUUUUGUUAUUAUUUCUUGAAAUCGGUAUGCAAGAAAAAGGUUCUGUCACUGGUUAUAGGUGCAGAUGGAAAUAUCCGGCUCUCGGGUAACUGUUUAGGCGGUAACUUGGCUGGGAGCCUCGUUACCGCCUAAACAGUUACCCUCGAGGCCGGAUAUUCCCAUCUGCACCUACAACCAGUGAAAGAAUCUUAUAUUAUUUACGCCAUCUGAAUUGCAUUUAAUGUCUUUUGUUACUUCAUUUCCAUUACUUUUUCCAGCUGUGACACGUUUUUCUUUUCAAUUACAUUCCGUCGCAGAAAUAUGCCGCUUGUAGCCUUUAUCAAAACUACAUAUUUUCUGCCGAAGCAUCUGUGAAAAGAAGUUAAAAAUAUGCAGAAAUAAAACAAUUGCCUCCUGAUAUUAAACAUGUGACCACGAUAACUUUGAUAUUAUCCAUUGCAUACAUUUAGCUUAAAUAUCUAUACUAAUAGUGAUAUAUAGUUAACAUUAUAUGUGCACGAUCAUUGUAAAUACAUUCAUUAUAGUGAAAUAAAACAUAUAUAUUCUCUGUC